AUGUCGAUUUCAAUCUCCUCCCCCGUUAAAUCGUUCUCGCGCCUGAGACGACCUUCUCUCUCCAACUCCAAGACAGCCUCGACACCGGACUUGGCCUCCGCCUAUUCGCAGUCCAAGCUACUGCGCAAGACGUCAGUCGCGGCCCUGACUCCGAGCUCCCUGGCCAGCAUCCCCGAUGUCAGCGAGAGCUACGCCAUCGACUCAGUUCUGAACCAAGCGCCCGAAAACACCAUUCACGAGGAACCCGAGACGCCACCCGCCAUGGAGCUGUCCGUCGGCGACUCUGUCAAUGUGCCUGGAGGCAUGGUCGGCACUGUCCGUUUUGUCGGCACCGUCCAGGGCAAGAAGGGCACAUUUGUCGGCGUCGAGCUGGAUUCAGAAUUCGCCGCAAGGGGCAAGAAUAACGGCGACGUUGAUGGCGUCUCCUAUUUCACCACCAACGCCGCUGGUGCUGGCAUCUUCGUCCCGGUUGCCAAGGCCCUCCGAAGGUCUUCCGGCCCAUCCCCUAUGACGCCUACGCCCGGUUCGAGCGGUCUGAAGCUGAGCAUGAACAACUCGGUCAGCUUGACGCCUCCGACAUCAGGCCUUUCAAAAUUGGGCGCCUCGGCAGGCCCGUCUCGAGCUCAGAGCCCGCAAGGCAAGAAGCCACGGCCUUCACUGCAGACUGAGUCACCACAACGGAAAAUGGCCAUGUCGCCAGGUCCACGCCCGUCCAUUGGGGCACCAGCAGUCAGAGCUCCCUCAAGAUUUGGCAGUCCGACGGGUAAAUUUUCGCAAAGUGUGCGCGGGACUGCCGGGCACUUGAGCGAUCCCAACAAGAAAGGCCCAGGCAUGGAGCGGCGGCCCAGCUUUGGGGGCCCCCGUAGCACUUCGUCUCUUGGCCCUGAACCUCUUUUUGACGAAGAACCGGCACCUAUAGCAAUGCCUACACCUCCAGCAAAGAUCAACACAAGCCUGGGGUCGCUCUCCUUGCGUCCACCGUCCCGGGCGACCUCUAUCAACGAUGAGGAAAUUGAGCGGCUACGCACCCAGUUAGAAGACCGAGACCGACAGCUGAAGGAGCAAGCCGCAACAUUGGCCGAAAUGGAGAGUAGUCUCACAGAACUUCAAACUCUGAUAGAGAACCCAGAUGGAAUGGGCUUGAGACGGAGCAGCAUAGACGAUAAAGAUGCAUCUCAGCUUCGACACAUGCUGCGGGAAAAGAAUGACAAAAUCGCCAUGCUCACCAUAGAAUUCGAUGCCCAUCGAGCGGAUUUCCGGAGUACUAUUGACACACUCGAAAUGGCCAGCACAGAGACUGAGCGGGUGUAUGAGAAGCGGAUAGAGGAACUCAUAGCGGAUAUUCGCGAGCUCGAAUCGAGAAACUUGGAUGUGGACUCCGUAGCGACCCAACUAAAGCAACUCGAGGAGCUAGUGCAGGAGCUCGAAGAGGGUCUAGAGGAUGCUCGUCGUGGCGAGGCUGAGGCCCGUGGAGAGGCCGAGUUCUUGCGAGGAGAGGUGGAGAGGACCCGUUCGGAGCUUCGACGAGAAAAGGAACGCGUUAUCCCUCAUAAUGCAGCGGCCUUGAGCGGCGAUAGUGCUGCACUAGCUAAGAGCUUGGAGCAGAAGGAAGAUGAAAUUCGAGGACUCAAGGCCAUUAUCCAUUCCCUUAGCCGGGAUUCAAUCCCUGGCGCCGAGGGCCAUACUCCCAGGCCGCGCCCCGGUUCAUUAAUCGGCGAAAAGGAUGCCAUCGAAAAUAAGAUUGCUCGAGACAACCUGGAGAGACAAGUUGCUGAGCUUCAGCAGGUAUUGAAGGAGAAGAGCCACCGAGAGGAGGAGCUGCAGCACGAGAUUGAAUUCUUGCGCUCAAGCAGUGUCAAACCGAACCGUGAGUCGAACCGCGAGUCGAACCGUGAUUCUGUUCCCAUUCGGCGAUCAUCUGUAAGAGACUCACGGGACACCAUCCUGUCUACUCGAUCCCACGAAGCACGAUCGCCGGAGCUGUCUCACAAGCGGAUAAGCACCCUCGAUACGAUGCACGAGAGCGACACCUAUUCGACCGCCACCGAGAGUAGCACUCUUUGGUGCGAGAUUUGCGAGACUGGUGGCCAUGACAUCCUGACAUGCACAAACAUGUUUGGCACCGAUAGCGCCAAGAAUUCCAAGCCUAAUGCCAACCCCAUUAAAGAGGAGGACGAAGAUGAUGAGGAAGCUGAAGAGAAGGCGCGAAGAGAAAAUGCCCAAGAGGACCUCAAGCCUCUUACACCCACGGGUGACGAGAUUCACCACCCAGCUGUUUUAACCCCCGGUAUUCCCAAGGAGGAGCCCGCAUCAGUUCCGGCAGUCAGGAUCACCCCCAACCCUAUGGAAUCAGGGCCCGUGGCUGGCAAGGAGAGCGGUGUCCUGGACCUCGAGAAGUGGUGCGCUAUAUGCGAGCGAGAUGGUCAUGACAGCGUGGAUUGCCCCUUUGAAGAUGCGUUCUAA